AUGAGUGACGUGUCACAAGACCAAGACGGCUGGAAACCUGCUCUGGCUGAAAAUAUCAAGGUGAUAAAAGGAUCUCAGCAUGUUCAAAAGGAUAUUUUGGUUAAAGAUUGUAUCUUUCGACUAGAUAUUGUCAGACAUCACGGCCGAGAUGAUGUUAACGACUACCUGUUGCAAGAUGUGAGCCAGGAAGCGAAAUUUCCUGAUGAGAUCAAAAGUGAAGCACUCGAGAAGCAGAUUGAAACAGAAAUCAAGGCUCGUGAAGAACGAGAAAUAGAAGAACGAGACGCGCAGGCAGAGGCCGAGAGAGACAGUGAGAGCAUUGGCAUGACAGUGAUGCACACUAUGCUUCCAUUCACAAAUUUCUUCUGCAUUCUUCUUAUGUAG